AAAUGCCGAUGAUCGUGGUAUUUUUAUAUGACUCUUCUUAAAAAUUUCUCAGUUUAAGUUUGAGCGUUGGCAAAUACGGUUCGUUUAUUUUCUGUUUUCUCGUUCAGUGCAAUAAUAUUUAAUUUGUUACAUUCCUUAGAAAAAAAAAUUAACUAAAAAGUCAUGUUCAAAUCGGUGCUUAUUGUGUCGUGCCUUUUAGUGGCUGGCGUACGCAGUCAGGAUCUUAAAGUUGAUGUCGUCAGUGUACCAGAAGUUUGUGAACACAAAUCAAAGGCUGGUGAUACACUAACAAUGCACUAUACUGGCACAUUAACUGAUGGCAAAAAAUUCGAUUCUAGUUUGGAUCGGGAUCAACCAUUUACUUUCCAACUGGGUGCUGGUCAAGUUAUUAAGGGCUGGGAUCAAGGUUUAGUUGAUAUGUGUGUGGGUGAAAAACGUAAAUUGACCAUUCCCCCAGAGUUGGGCUAUGGCGAUCGUGGUGCCGGCAAUGUUAUUCCUCCCAAGGCUACUUUGGUCUUCGAUGUAGAACUCAUCAACAUCAGUAACAGUCCACCCACCACCAAUGUCUUCAAGGAAAUCGAUGAAAAUGGUGAUAAGCAAUUGAGCCGCGAAGAGGUAAACCUAUAUGUCAGUGAAUAUUUGAAGAAACAAAUGACUGCCGUUGAAGGCCAAGAUUCUGAUGAAUUGAAAAAUAUGCUCAAGGAAAAUGAUAAAUUGGUGGAAGAGAUUUUCCAACAUGAAGACAAAGACAAAAAUGGUUUCAUUUCGCAUGACGAAUUCUCCGGACCAAAACACGAUGAACUAUAAAAGUUGUUAACUAUAUUUAUGCAAUUCCAUCUCUAACUUAAUUUAAUUAAUUAACUUUACUCAAUUUGCCUCUUCUUUAAUUUUCAUGUUUGUUUUUUUUAUUUUAAGUUAUUGUAAAGAAGUUAACAUUAUCCAUACUACAUAAAUACAUACAAACAUACAUAAAUACAUACAUCCAUAGAUACAAUUUAUUUUGUACGCUUUAAUACUCUUUCCAAGAGUAUUUAUUCUUCUUUUUCACACCAACAUUUGUUACCACAUUUUUCUUUUUAUUGCUUUUUGUUUAAAAUAAAAAUCUUCUUUAAACUAAAAAAUAAAAUAACCAACUUGCGUGCUAAGAUCGUUCAUAUUAUAAAUUUAAGUUGUUAAAUCAAAUAAAUCUAGCUUAAAAUAUUAUAAAUUUAUAUAUAUUUUGUAAAAGAAAUUGUAGAAGAAAAAAAAAGAAACAAAACAACAAAAAAUAAGGAGAAUUUUGAUAGUAACUAAUAUUAAAGAGUUGGAAAUGAAGAAAAUGUUUAUAUACCAACAUUAAAUACAUAUGUAUAUUAAAUUUUAAGUCACAGUUUUUGUAUUGAAAAAAUCCACAAAACAUUUUUGUAAGAAAAUAAAGUAAUUUAUUUAAACAGAAAAAAUAA